GGGCGGAAGUAAGAAUGUAAGAGGAAGACCAAUUAUUUCGAAAUCUCAAAACGACAAAAUGCCACAAGGACAAAAUGCCAGCUCACAGAAUGUCAACUCUCAAUUCGCCAACACCCAAAAUGUCAAUGUUCAAAAGAUCACCUUCACAUUCUAUAUUAAAUUUAUCUCUUCAUUUAAAAUAAUAUAAAAUUUAAACACCUUCAAUUAAUUUAUAUAACUUUCACUUAUCCCUAACACUAUCCUACAAUUAUCACUUAAGAUAACUACAAUAGAUCACCUAACUUGAUAUUACAUAACAUUCCAAACAAAACCAAACAUGGUUCAUAUAGCCUUUGACCCAAGGACAAUCGGUUACGACGACCAUCAUAUAUCUAUCAGCCAAGUAGGACAAGGCGCAGAUGAAAACUAUUACUAUUUUCGUGGACUAAAUCCUUAUCAACGUGGAUACGGGAGACAAGCGGGUGGUGGAGUCGGAGAUGUACUCAGAAAUUUUUGGCGUUUCCUCCUACCGUAUGCAAAACGCGCGGGUACAGCUGUAGCAAAGGAAGCAUUGGAUACUGGUGGGAGAAUUUUAGAAAGUGAAAACGGGGGUUGGACAGAUUACUCGAGAAAGGAGGAUUGCCAAAACAAUUUGGAACCGGAUUGCGAGCCAGAGCUAGUAUAAA